AUGUUAGGCUUGACGAUAGUAGCGCUGGCUUUCGUGGACUUGCGGACCGAGGCGUCGUUUGCUCCAGAAUUGCCCGCACCUCUUGCAUCUCGAUCAGACUCGAAUUGCGAUCUGUACAUUGUCUCUGGACACGAUGCUGACCCCUUCGAGAAUCAUCGCUUCUGGGAUUUUCGCGACCUUGGCGACUAUGUCACUAGUGAGCCACCGUCCAUUACACCAGACCAAGAUGAGGGGAUGGAAAAUGUGACAUCACACUAUUUUUCUCAGGCUGCAUUCUCAGAUGCAUGGAAAAUCCGAAACGGGAUCAGGAACCCAGAAUCUGAGGUGCCGAUGAUCUACUCGGCUCAGAACGCAUACCUAUCGACUGAUCCGGACUCGGGCGGCACACAGACCUACUUGACUCUGCGAACUACCAGGCUACAAGAUUUCCAGAGCGUGGUACAGCUAGCCAGCCGUGAUGAAAAUAUUCUGUACGCCAGCAUGCGUGCCCGGAUGAAGAUCAUCCCUGACGACAUGGACAAUGGCAAUGUCGCUACAGGUGCUGUGCUGGGAUUCUUCACGUAUGCAUCAGACACCCAGGAAAGCGACAUUGAGAUCUUGACCAGAGAUCCAAUGGACACGGUCUCAUUCGCCAACCAGCCAGCAUCUCCGACCACUCCGGGGGUUUCGCGGAAAUUCCAGAUCCCAGGUGGCAAAAACUGGACCGAAUGGGUUGAUUAUCGACUUGACUGGUUGGAGGGAAGGAGUUUUUGGUAUAUGGACGACGAGCUGCUGUUCCAGACGACUAACAGCACCCCGACUGAGCCCAGCCAGUUGAUGCUCAACCUAUGGAGUAACGGGCAAAGUUUCUCUGGCAGGAUGAGGCUCAAUCGAGAGGUCUAUGUCGGCGUACAAUGGAUUGAGACAGUCUUCAACUUGGGCAAUGUGCCGGAUGAGACUAAUGGCCAGACAAGAUGCUUAGUGGAUUCAGUUGCCACGAAAGGUGUGCCAGAGCUGAUCCAAUCAUCUGAAGUUAGCCCCCUGGCAGUCAGUACUGCUGUAAGGGCACUGGGCAUUGCUGUCUUGUCAUUCAUUAUCCUAACAUGA